UGACACAGCAGCAGCGGUGGUGGAGGAGGAGGAGGAGUACGAGUAAGAUGGCGGUGCAGGUGUUCGUGUGUUGCCUGGACUCUUUCCCCGCUCACCUCUCUCCUCUGGACGCUCUCAUCUCAAACUCUCACCUGAACUCAGUCUUCCACGCUGACACGGAACCACCGACCGUCCUCUUCACUCCGCAGCGGCCUCACGGAAGCGACAGGACCGGCAUCUUACUGCGCCUUCACCCCACCGCGGAGGAGGAGACCGCGGGAAGCUCCGACACAAACUUCGCCGGAGUUGACGCCGAGUCCCACCGCUGUGUGCGGCUCUUCGUCAGCCGCUUCUUCCUGCGGCACCACGGGCUCCAGCGGCCCGGCUGCACCGGGACAGCCCGGGCUCUGGUGCCGGUUAGCCUGGACAGGGUGGUGCUGGGAGCCCGCAGCAGGCAGAGCCUCCGCUGGGCAGGAGGUGAGCAGUUCACCGGCAGGCUGCUGGAGCUCUGCUCCCCCGGACAGUGGCUGCUGGCCCGGCAGGGAGACCCGCUGUUCAUACCCCGGUCCCAGCUGAAGGGAGGGAGAGAGCCGGACCAGCAGCAGCAGCAGCAGCAGCCGCCUCCUCCUCCUCCGUCGUCCUCAGAGCAGCUGCUGGUGUUGAACUGCAGUCCCGUGACUCAGGGCCGGAUCACAGCCGACACGUCUCUGGUCGUAACAGACUGCUGGGACUCGGUGGACCCCUCUGGCGCCCCCUGCAGACCGCUCAGCCUGUGUGUGUCGGACUUUGCUCACUACGCCGACGGCCUCGGGGCGGGGAGGUCUCUCCUUGACGGCAGGAAGCUGCCGGACUCCGGGUUCUCCGGGUUCUCGGGCUUCCUGCUGGAGUGCAGAGUGGACGUGCAGGUAGCGGACACUUGGCGAUGGACAGGGGUCAGAGGUCAGCAGGGAGGAGCGGUGGAUGUGGACAGCUGUGUGUUUGUGAGCAAACAGCUGCUUCUUAGGCUGGGACUGUUCAACCACGAGUGGGUGAAGCUGGGCAGGGUGGGCGGAGCCUCUAGACCUGUGACGGGUCACACAGAGGUCAUAGAGCGGCCGGUCUCUGUGGUGGUGGUGGAUUUAAGUCCAGAUCUGCAGAACCACAACGAAGCUGGUUUCAUAUCAGCGACUCUGUGGUUCAACCUGACCGAUGGAGACAUGAUUCCUGUGAACGUCUGCUCCCUGAGGAUGAAGCAGCGGUGGACGUCGUCUCCGCCCGAGGUUGGCGGUCGCUCGGACAGCUCCUGUCGCUCGGCAUCUCCGCCGUUUGCCCGUGAGCUUCACAUCCAGCAGGUGGUGUCUCCGCUGUACGACAGCCUGGGCCGCUGCGACGCCCUGCUGUCGGAACACUUCAGCUCUGCCAGACUCGUGUCACCGGGCGACAUCAUAUCGGUGCCUACUGAGAAACAUCCAGACCUUCUGGAGAACAAUGCAGAAGGAAUCAAGAGGAGUCCAGUGCUGUUUUUCAAAGUGCAGAAGGUGUGUCCACCUGCUGGGAGAGAAGAGGAAGAGGGAGGAGGAGCUUAUCUGGCUGACAGAGACCACACCUCACUCUACACGGGAGCGUCCACCAACAGUGCUGCCCCCUGCUGCUCAGUGGAGGGAGCGUCUCUGUGGAGCAGUCUGUCUCCUCCAGGUCUGGAGAAAACUGUCGACAUCGUCAGCAGCAUGGUCCUGCCUCACCUGCAGCACAGCAGCUUCCUGUCUGGUUGCACCAUCCUCCUUCACGGUCCAGCAGGAAGUGGCAAAGUGACGGUGGUCGCUGCGACGAGUCACAGACUGAACCUCCACCUGCUGAAGGUGGACUGUGUUAGCUUGUGCGCGGACACACCCGCUGCCUCGGAGGUGAAGCUGACGUCGGUGUUUCAGCACGCCGCCGCCCUGCAGCCGUGCGCUCUGCUGCUCCGGAACCUGCACCUCCUGCUCCGACCCAGAGGAGGCGGCGAGGAGGACGGCAGACUCACUGCGGCGCUCUACCAACUGCUCAGCAGCGCCCCCACCAGUGUGGUGGUGUUAGCGACAAUCUGCAGACCCCGGGAUCUGUCUGCGGGUGUCGUGGCGGCGUUUGUACACCAGGUGGCGUUGGAGGCUCCAACUGAAGAGCAGCGGCACUCGAUGCUGGUCGGCCUGAGCCGAGAUCUUCACCUGGGCAGAGACGUCAGCCUGGACGCGCUCUCCAGACUCACAGCGGGAUUUGUGUUGGGGGAUAUCGCCGCCCUGCUGGCAGAGGCAGGUCGAGCGGCCUGCAGGAGGUUGAGACAAAGCUGUGGUGGUCAGCAGCAGGAGGAGGACCUGUGUCUCAGUGGAGUGACCGUCCAGAACCAGGACUUCACCUCAGCGCUGGAGACGCUGCAGGACUCUCAGUCCAAAGCCAUCGGAGCCCCGAAGAUCCCUGACGUGAGGUGGGAGGAUGUGGGAGGUCUGCAGCAUGUGAAGAAAGACAUCCUGGACACGAUUCAGCUUCCUCUGCAGCGCCCGGAGCUUCUGUCUCUGGGUCUGAGCCGCACCGGCCUCCUGCUCUACGGACCGCCUGGGACCGGGAAAACCCUGCUGGCCAAAGCCGUGGCCACCGAGUGCUCCAUGACCUUCCUCAGUGUCAAAGGUCCAGAGCUCAUCAACAUGUACGUGGGUCAGAGUGAAGAAAACAUCAGAGAAGUGUUUGUCAGAGCUCGCUCAGCUGCUCCCUGCGUCAUCUUCUUUGAUGAGCUGGACUCUCUGGCUCCCAGCAGGGGGCGCAGUGGAGACUCUGGAGGAGUGAUGGACAGAGUCGUGUCUCAGCUGUUGGCUGAACUCGACGCUUUGAACUCCGCUGACCAAGUUUUUGUCAUCGGAGCUACGAAUCGUCCAGAUCUGCUCGACCAAUCACUGCUGAGACCUGGCAGGUUUGAUAAAUUAGUUUAUGUUGGAAUCAACGAAGAUCGACUUUCUCAGCUACAAGUUCUUCAGGCUGUCGUCAGGAAGUUCCAGUUGGAUCCUGCGGUGAAUCUGGAGCUGGUGGUGAACAGCUGUCCAGGUCACAUGACUGGCGCCGACCUUUACGCCCUCUGCUCAGACGCCAUGACGACGGCUGUCAAGAGGAAAAUCUCACUCAUCCAAAACGGUGUGGACACUGAGGACACGCCCCUCCUUCUCUGUGCGGACGAUUUCUCGGCUGCGCUGGGAAACUUCAGAGCGUCCGUGUCAGAGGAGGAGCUUCAGAGAUACAAACAAAUCCAACACAAACUCACAGUGAGGUAACAUUACAGGAAACAUCAUUCACUGUCACGGAUGAUCACAUGAAAUUCAUGUAAUAACACAGAAUAAAUCUAAUCUUUCUACAAUAAACUGUGUUUUAAAGUUUGACGCAGUGAAUCGUGACACAGUGAACUUUGGCGCAGUGAACAGUGUUGGGAAGAUUACUUUGGAAAUGUAGUUGGUUACAAUUACAAGUUACCCUGUUGAAAAUGUAAUAGUGUAACUAUUUCAAAGUAAUGUAACUCAUUACAUUUGAUUACAUGUUGAUUACUUUUCUUAAUUUGUGGAUUAAAACCAUAGAUCAUUA